AUGUUUGCGUUUAAAGCUUUGUUAGAUGCGAAAGUUAACAGGAAUAGGGUAAGUUCACAUUCAAAAUUCAUGAAGAAAUUUCCAAUUGCGUCGCAGAAAAUGGUUUCCAGGAAGAAGGAUUAUUUAAAUGAGAAUGUGGACAAAGUUGAUUUCAUGGUUAAUUCUCGUGAUCAUCCUAUCGAAAUAGAUGAUGAUGAAGUAUCAGAAGAAGAAAAUUUUCGAUCUGGUGAAGUGAAGAAGGAGAAUAAUGAGAGUCCAAUUGAGAUUAAUUCCAGUAAUUCUAUGAAGAAGACAAUUGACAUUUCAUCUAGUAAUUCUUGGAAGAAGAAAAAGCCAAGGAAUAAUGUUUAUCAGUAUGUGUAUAGUUCAAUGAAAAAGAGAAAACGUGGUUUGUUUGGUCGAUUAAACUCAAAAUCAUCAGAUACAGAAGAUUAUUUAAGUGAUUCUGAUUUUGAAGUUCGGAGCAUUACAAGGAGCAGGAAGUUGGUUAACAGAAGUGAUAAAAAAUUUAGUAAAAGAAUUGUCUUCGAACAUGGUAAACUUAAAGUUCCUUUUGAAGGUUGA